AUGAAUGAGUCUAGUGUUCGAGAAAUACGUAAAAAUGAAGAAACAAUACGACGCAGUGUUAUGGAAAGUGCUCCUAUUUCCAAUAAAACGUGUUUUAUCACGCGUGAUGUUAUGGUGGAGAAAACUGAAAAAGCCUUAAAUAUUUGGAUUGAAGACCAAACCCAAAAAAAAGUUCCUCUCAGUUCUAUAAUUAUACGUGAAAAAGCUAAACAAAUUCAUCAGCAUUUUACAAGUUCAUCGCAGAAGACGGCAAAAACUCGUCGUUUCUUGCAAGCAAAGGGAGGUUACACACCUGAACAGGUAUUCAAUGCAGAUGAAACUGGUCUUUUUUGGAAAAGAAUGCCAUCAAGAACUUUUUUAUCAAAAAAUGAAAAAACAGCACCCGGAUUUAAGGCUGCCAAAGAUAGACUAACCUUAUUGCUUUGUGCCAAUGCUUGUGGUUUUAUGAUAAAGUCAAUGGUCGUUUAUAAGUCUCUUAAUCCAAGAGCCUUCAAAGGUAAAGAUAUGAAUCACUUGCCUGUGUUUUGGAGAGCAAACAAUAAAGCUUGGGUCACAGCACAGAUUUUUAGUGAUUGGUUUAAGAACUGUUUUAUUCCUCAAGUGGAGACGUACCUAAAAUUAAAAAAUCUCCCUUUUAAAGCUUUAUUGCUGAUUGACAAUGCCCCGGGCCAUCCUUCCUCAUUAGAACUUCAGCAUUCUAACAUUAAAGUCAUGUUUUUGCCUCCAAAUACCACCUCAAUUCUUCAACCAUUAGAUCAAGGGGUGAUCGCAGCUUUUAAAGCUUAUUACGUAAGAAGAACUUUCCAACGUUUAUUAAAAAACAUGGAAGAAGAUCCAGAACUCACUGUCACACAAGGAUGGAAAAAUUAUAACAUCGCUGAAUGUCUUGUCAACAUCAAAGAAUCACUUGACGAAGUUCAACCUUCCACUAUAAAUGCUUGUUGGCGAAAGUUAUGGCCGGAAGUUGUGUUUGUCGAUAAAAUUGACGAUCUGAGCAUCACUGUGAAUCAAAUCGUAGGAAUUGCUCGGGACGUAGAAGGUUUUGAUGAGAUAAAUAGAGAAGACAUAGAAGAAAUGAUGAAUAACUAUGAUAAAGAGCUUACAUUGGAGGAGCUGGAAGAAAUAACCGCAACCCAAAACGAACCAAAACAAUCUAACCAGGAAGAAGAGGAAAAAGAGCCUGUGAAGCUGGAUUUUUCCUCUAAAUCAAUCAAUGAGAUUUUUUCAUUGGCAAACCAACUGACUGAACGAGUUUUUGAGACAGAUCCACUCACUGAAAGAGCAUUAAAGUUCAAAAGAGGAAUCCAAGAAUUGUUGGUGCCAUACGAAGAAGUUCGCAAAGACGUAGAAAAUAAAAGGAAGCAAACAUCUAUUACUAAUUUUUUCCAUCCUUCUUAA